UACCAACCGCGUCGUACGUCGAUCGUGCUGAGAAAUAUCGAUUUAGAUAUCACUGGUGAUCUACACACUGUGAUUCGUGUUCCUCGCGAAUGGAAAGGUGUUUUCAAUCGAUAUUGCUUUCCAGAAUUCUUUGGCUGUCAUGUAACGUGUCUCAAUAUGCUAUUUGAGCGUAAAACUUACUCGAGUGUCCCGUUCAAAUUUUAGCAGAAUUCACGUCGUUAACGUAGAUCAUUAACUCGACCAUCACGAUGACUGCUGAAAAGGAGGAGAAAGCGAAGAAGCUGAAGUAUCCCAAGUCGAUAUUUUUCAUCGUGUCCAAUGAAUUCUGCGAGAGAUUCUCUUUCUAUGGAAUGCGUACUGUACUGACGCUUUAUCUGAGGAACCAAUUAAAAUACGACGAUAACACAUCUACCGUCAUAUAUCAUGUGUUCACGAUGUUCGUAUACUUUUUCCCUAUAUUCGGAGCGAUGCUGGCGGAUUCCUUAAUGGGAAAAUUUCACACCAUCUUAUACUUGAGUAUCAUUUACGCUCUAGGCCAACUUCUGCUAUCUUUAAGCGCUGCGCCCCCAUUAGGUAUACCUUCUAGAGAAUUUUCAUUGCUUGGCCUACUCCUUAUAGCCCUUGGCACAGGCGGUAUAAAACCUUGCGUGGCUGCAUUCGGCGGCGAUCAAUUCAUACUACCGCUACAGGAACGAUACUUGUCCACAUUCUUCUCCCUGUUUUACUUUUCUAUCAACUCCGGAUCUCUGAUCUCGAGCUUCCUCACGCCCCUGCUUCGUAGCGAUGUCACGUGUUUCGGCGAAAAUACCUGUUAUUCUCUGGCAUUUUUUGUGCCAGCCGUUCUUAUGACGUUAUCCGUCGUGAUAUUCCUGCUUGGGAGACCUUUGUACAGAAUAACCAAGCCGACGGGCAACGUCGUUUUGAAUGUUUCUAAGUGCGUUUCUUACGCUAUCUACAAAAAGUUUACUUCAAAGAAUGAGAAAAGGGAGAAUUGGCUCGAGUAUGCGGACGACAAGUACGACAAAUCACUGAUAAACGAUAUUAAAGCAGCUCUACAGGUGAUGAAAUUGUUUAUUCCGAUACCGAUAUUUUGGGCACUUUUCGAUCAGCAAGGCUCUCGGUGGACGUUUCAAGCAACCCGAAUGGACGGCGAAAUCGGAAAUUUCCUGCUUCAACCGGAUCAGAUGCAAGUGUUCAAUCCUUUUUUGGUGCUCGCCUUUAUACCUUUGUUCGAGACUUGUCUCUAUCCUCUUAUGAGGAAGAUCGGCUUACGAACUCCGUUGAGAAUCUUGUCUAUCGGCGGUUUCUUAGCUUCUUUGUCGUUCGUGGUAGCGGCCAUGGUUGAAUAUCAGCUCCAGAAAACGUAUCCGGUUUUGCCUUCGGAAAAUUUCGCACAAUUGCGCCUUUUCAAUACUCUGGAUUGUCCCGUAACUAUAACGAAGCUUGAUCCUAAAUUAUCUUUUGUCCUCGAAAGUAUGGAUAUGUGGGAAGACAAGUACAUCAAAGCGAGUGGCGAAGCAGAAUGGCAAUAUAGGGCAGAUUUUUCAAAAUGCAAUAGAUCCGAUAUCACGAAAUUCUAUGAAACAGGAACGAUCGUGUUACCGGAAGGCAGGGCGACUUCUUGCGUCGUAACGCAGGGAAAUGAAUUUUAUAGUUACACGGAUUCGGUGGACAAAUCGGUCUCUGGCGAACCUUUGAUACGCGGACUCGUCUACGUAAAUUCAUCACGGGAUCCUGUUCCUCUGAAAUUUAUGAAGGGCGACGCAACAGUCUUUGAAUUCAAGAUAAAUAGCACUUCGCUUCAGGAAACCAGUCUAGCUGAACUCAAACCUGGCACAUACGAUAUUCAUUUGAAUGGUACAUUAGUAAAAAAAGACGUACGUCUCAAACUUGGUGGAGUUUAUACGGUGGUCGGAUCUGUUAUUGGAGAAAAACCGAUGGCCAACGUUGUAACCGUAACCGAACCAAAUUCCAUGCAUAUAUUGUGGUUGAUUCCUCAAUAUGUUAUUAUCACGAUGGGUGAAGUCAUGUUCUCGGUGACUGGCUUAGAAUUUGCAUUCACGCAAGCCCCUGCCAGUAUGAAGUCUCUUUUACAGGCUUCUUGGCUGUUGACAGUAGCUUUUGGUAAUCUCAUUGUAGUCAUUGUGGCGGAAAUCUCGAUUUUCGAUCGUCAGGUUUAUGAAUUCCUUUUGUUCGCCGGAUUAAUGUUCAUCGAUAUAAUUAUUUUCGCUAUAAUGGCGAAAUUCUACAAGUACGUAGAAGAAGACGAAAUUACCGAAGAAACCAUUCAUAUGAGCCAAGAAACUGGAGCGUUUAAUGCAUCUUAUCAUCAAGAUGAGAAGUGAUCUAUCUUGUUGUGAAGCUACGUGUAUGGCGUACGCUUUACGACUUUUGCGUCUCAAGUACUUGCGAGCAAGUACAUAUAUGUAUACACGCAUGUGCAUGUAUAUGUAUGUAUAACUGCGGCGUUUUAGGACAAUCACGCUGCGAGUUCAGACUUAACAUCUGUGAAUGUCUUCUUAGUCUCUAAAAUCUAAAAUAUGCAUCGAUUGCAACAUUUGUACAUAAUCGCUGUGAACGGCGCGGUAUCUUUUAUGUCGAUUUCUAUCUUACCUCAAAGGUAAGAGAAUGUUUUUCUGCAAAAUAGAAAGAAAAUUUCUGAUCGCUGAUCAGUUCGCAAAUUGUUUUUCAUAAAAUACGAAAACUACGAUGAACAAUUCUUUCGCAUAAAAUAAACUACUUACUCAACUAAUUCCAAUAAUUUCAUUACAUAAAUGAUAGAAAAUUAUAAUUUUUGUAUUCGUAGAAACGAAAUGGAGCUUUAUAUGACGUAAAAGAUAACGAUGUUUUAUCAAAGAUAGCUCUAUUAAUUAGCCGAACGUAUUAGCCUAUGCCGCUUAUAGUAUUUAUUAUACCGCAAAGUUUCAAGUCUCAAGUUUCAAGAUAGCAUAAAAAUCUACCACAUGCAAAUAUUCGUAUCAUAUUUUUUGCGCGACUUAUUUUCGCGUCACUUGUAUCGCGUGAAACUUGUACAUAAACGUAUGAAUAAGUGUACAUAUUUUUCUAAACAUUCGAUUAUCAUUUGAUAACUCACUGGAACAAUUUUUUGCUCUUCGUAAUUUGAUAUAUUGCGUAAAUCAUUAUUUUUAUUUCUUUUGCGCAUCGAAGAAAGAAUUGGCAAUCCCUUAUAAAAUAAACAAUUUAUUUAGUAAAAUAAUAAUACAUCAUUUGUUAUUUGUAUUUUACACCACCUUUUUAAUUAAUGGAAGGACAAAAAUAAUAAUGAUAACGAUAUAAUAUACGAAACAUAUCGCGAACAUGAAUCGCAAUGUUUUCAUUGCAUUUCUACGCUACAGCUCACAAUACGUACGUACAAUCACGCUACAAAUCACCAUAUAAUAGUCUAUUUGUACACAGAUUGUCCUUUCAUAGUGUCCUUUCUAUAAAAUUUAACGAAUUUAUAUAGUCGACGAUGCAGUGCUGUAAAGGCAUUGAAAGGCUAACAAUAAAUUCAUGCUGUUGUGUUUUAAUUUUCGAUCUACGAUCGAACGUUAUUAAACGGACGAAUCUGUAGGAGAUGUUUCGUCUUUUGUUGUAUUAUAUGAUACAUAUACAUGUAACGGGGGUGUAAAUAGUAACUCUGAGUAAAAUUACAUAGUCGGCGCUAAUUACACGUAGUGCUUAAAAUUUGCCAAAAUAAAUAGUCGUUUCUAUAUCUUGUGUCGGGUACGAUAAUAGGCUCUUUUAUCUUAAAACUGUUUUAAGAUUAACAGUAUUAUAGGUAUCAUAGAAAAAUAAAAUACGUAUUAUCACUGCUUCAAGCCAAUAAAUUAUAUAUGUAUAUAUAUAGAGCAUUGUGUAUAAUAGCCAAUAUUAAAGGAACAGCUUCUUCGUAACAAAUAUAUAAUAUAUGUACAGAAUUUUCAUUUAGGUGAUAUAAAUCACAGGAGUAAUGCCAAAAGCAACAGCACAUGCAAAAUGCAAGUUGUUCUAUCAUUUUCGUCGUUACUUCAUACACGCGCGCGCGCAAGAUGUGCUAAACGUUGGUACGACUAUGUUAACACAAAAUGUAUUACACGUAAAAUAAACUUUCUGUGUACUACGAUA